GACAACAAGACCCCCCUACUACAUUAUAACUCACCGUUUCAUCACCUCCUCUCUCUCUCUCUCUCUCUAACUGUGUCUUUCUCUCUCUCUAUCUCUCACACACACUGUGUGUGUAUACAGUGUCUAAAACACAACCACAUUCUCUUUCAUCCAUCAGCCGAGCCCUUCUGCUUUGUCUUCUCGUGGGCAUAUCCUCUCUCUCUCUCUCUCUUCUCUCUCUCUCUCUACAUGUGAAACCGUCGUCUCACCCUUAAUUAAAAAAAUAAAGAAAAAACAGCAAAAGGGAAAAAUCAUUUUCCUUUUUAUUUUGGUAGCACCGAGAAGUUAUGGAAAUUGCUCAGAUUUCGUAAAGAAACGCCUCUUAUCUUCUUCACCUACUGCUAUUUAUCACAAUUUUCCCAACCCCAUAACCAAAAAAAAAAACAGAAGCAGAAGAAGAAGAAGAGAACCCGAUUGCCCGAUCGCAAUCGCCGCCGAUCAUUUUGUGCUUGUUCUAAGAUUACGAAAAAAAACCGUUCGAAGCACAACAAAUUAAAGAUAUGCAACGGGAGAGGAGUGCCCUCGAUUCCUUUCUUGAACCAAUCGAUUUAAACCAAGGCUCUCUGCCCAACAACAACAACAACACCACUUCUUCCAUGGAUCACUCCUCCUCUUGGGAUAACAUGCUAAACCCAGUCGAUAAUCAGUUGCCUAAUUACACGGGUCCCACUAAUGCUGUAGACGCCGCCCAAUGCUUCAGUGGGUGGGACCGCGGCGAAUCCAGCUCCGGCACUGCAAACAAUACCCAAGACGGAUCUUUUAAUGAUGCUUCGAAAACAAACCUCGGAUGGGCCUCUGUUUUCAAAGCUUGUUCGAAUUCCGACACAAGGUCCGAAAAUUGGCCUUACGAAACAUCCAAUACUCAAAAUUACAGUUCAAUCCACGACAGCCACAGAGCUAUUGUACCGAAGCUGCCUCACAGCUUAUACAAGUCUAGUAGUAGUAGUCAUACAGAAACAGAGCAGAUUCCGAGCUUCUACCCUUCUUCGAGCAAUGUCGGUGCAUCUUUCGCGGGCAGUUCUAAUUCCACUACCAUGAUGUCUGAAAACAAUGACGGCCCGCCUUUCGGUACUUGGGGCUCGUCUUGCAAGAGAAAGGCUCUCGAGAAUACUUCUGGACAAUUUUACCCUGGCGGCAGUUCCACCUCAAAUCAGCCCGAUCGUUACAUUGCUCCAAGAAACCUAAGUAUAUCUCCGGGCCCACAAAACCCGUCUACCGGUAACCACUCGGAACAUCUAAAUCCAACUACUGGGGGUUUUUACCCCUCCCCAAGCGUACGAUCGAAUUACGGAUUGAACGAGCCGGUCCCGCUAGAUGCUUCUAGAAGCACUUCCUCGAGGAACUACGGGGGCUACCCCCGCCAGCUGUCGCGCGCCCCUACCUUGAACCCCGAUUCUUCUUCGGAGAUGAGGUCAUCGAUGAUGUCGCCGCCGGUGAAUCUGAACCGUCGGUUGAUGCACGUGAACGAGGCUAGAGGAGGGAUGAUGCAUCAUUCUUCGUACCCUUGGAGCGGAUCCUUCGGCUCUUCUUUGCCAGGUGGUGGAAGUUCAUCGGGAUCUUUUGGAAGUGGGGCCCGCGAUGAGGUUAGUGUGAGAAGCUCUCGUAGAAGUAAUAGAGAAUAUCCAGAGAUUAGAAAUACUGUGCACGAACAAAUUGAUUGGAGUUUCUCUCCUGGAAAUUCGGGGAAUUCCUCUAGAAACAAUUCUUCUUCUUCUCCUUCUUCAGCCAACGCGUGGCUGCCACAUCAGAUUCAGGCGACAUCACAGCAGAGUCAUCAUCAUCAUCAUCAGAGAAUGACAGAAUCUGCUCCUUGGGUUCAGUUUCACCAUCACGCUGAAUCUGAAUCUGGGGUUUCGAGGGGGCAUUUUGGUCUCUUUCCUUCCGCCGCGUCUUCUUCUUCGGUGGAUGAGGUGGCGGCGGCUUUGGGUUCGAGUAGUAGGGCACAGCAGCUUCAGUUGGAUCAGAGGUCGGCGGCGAUGUUGAUGGAUAUGCCCGGUGACGAUGCCAACGGCUGGCGUGCUUUGUCCGCUGUCGAGGGGAGACACAGACUGAUUCGUCAAGUUUUGAAUGCAAUGAGGAGGGGCGUCCACUUACAAGCUGAGGAUUAUAUGCUUGUUGACCCUUUUAUGAAUGGAUUCGCCGAGUUGCACGACAGACACAGAGAUAUGAGGCUCGAUGUUGACAAUAUGUCUUAUGAGGUACUUUAUUAUUCCGUUUACCUGUUCUCUCUGAAUCUCGAUGUUCUCGUUCGAAUAAAAUAA